UCGUGGUGGUGUUGUCGUGGCCCCCUCAGGGGUUCGGAGCUGUACGAUGAGGGGAGGCGGACUGCGGAGACUUUGACGCAUGGACUACCACCGAGGAGCUCAAGUUGAGGUGAGGAUUGCUCGGAUCUUCAACACCUAUGGGCCUCGCAUGUGCAUAGACGAUGGCCGGGUCGUCAGCAAUUUCGUUGCCCAGGCACUGAGGAAGGAACCAUUGACAGUAUACGGCGAUGGGAAGCAAACAAGGAGCUUUCAAUAUGUCUCAGAUCUAGUUGAAGGUCUGAUGCGACUAAUGGAAGGGGAGCACGUGGGCCCCUUCAACCUUGGCAACCCAGGAGAAUUCACAAUGCUCGAGCUUGCCCAAGUGGUUCAGGACACAAUUGACCCCAAUGCUCGUAUCGAGUUCAAGCAAAACACCGAAGAUGAUCCUCACAAGAGAAAGCCAGACAUCACGAGAGCUAAGGAGCUUUUAGGUUGGGAGCCCAAGAUCUCUCUCCGCAAAGGGCUCCCUCUUAUGGUAUCUGACUUCCGCAAGCGUAUCUUUGGUGAUCAUUCAUCCACAGAUUCAUCAACCUCUGCAUAAAAGAAGAAUCAUAAUGUAGAGACUUAUCGAAGGUAUACAUUGAUUAAGUACUCUUUGUCGAUAUCUGCUACUGCCAAUGGACGCAGUUAGAAGCCUGGUGAGGACAGGAGAAGAUUCAAAGGGGCAUAGGGGUGAUGGUUCUUUAUAUUAGCUUGUUUCUUUUGAUUAUUUUUGUUGAAGUCUAGUGGUGAUAUUUUUUUUCUCAUGCUUAUGAAGAUACUGGUGUAGGUGGUUUUAUUCCUUUUGACUGCAAUUAUAUGAUAAUGUUUAUUGAUAGAAAAGUCUCUCUUCAAGUUCA